AUGAUUCAGUGUCCCCCAAACCCUCAAUCUGCGAGCAGGAUGAUCAAGCCUCGCUCGCAAUCGAUACAAGAAUCGAUAAUCGCCCUGAUAACACUAGGUACAGCAAAUUGCAAACUGCGAAAUGAAUACUCCACAAAAGGAGCAAUCCGAAGAGGAAAGCAAGAGACGCUGAGGAACCCACUUAUCCAUCUAGACCGCGAUACCCAGUCAAGACUUCUGAUUCAUGCGCGUGCGCCGGCGCCUCUCUUUCCAUUCUCUCUCCUACUCCCCUCUCUUUCUUUUUGUCCUCGUUCGCAGCCAGGUCAGCUCGCUUGUUGUGGCCCCCUGAACGCGAUCACGCCAAAAUCUUCAAAAUCAGCGAAACGAAACCCGGAUCCGCUCUAGUUAGCGCCUGAGAUCCACAGCUUUUCGCUUGCUAAGCCUCAGGAGUACCCCAUAAAUUAUACAAUGCUUCCAUGAAGAAAAUGAAGAAAUCAUCUUGAAAGGGGCGCCAUCUAUACUCACCAUGCCUGGAACAACAAUGCAGAAGUAAAGUUUGGCUGACAGGUUGGUGAUAUCGACGAUGGUUCACUGCCGCAUCCGCGGGUACCACCAGCUACAGCGUCUUUCAGUCACCUGCAUAACAUGACGCGAUACAGUAGCAGAACCUGCAUAUGCAACCGGCGUUAACUUUCUCACCACACCAUUCAGCUUUCAAAGUCACAGCAAUAGCGGUAAAAAAAAGCCAUCUUCCAGUAAACGUCCACCAACGAACAAGCCGGAACACCAUUCAUGACUGUCGAAACUAUCUGAUCGAACCAGCUUCAUCGCACCACAGUGCAUGGUCUCUCGUUCUUCUCGUGCAUUUUACCAUCUAGUCAUCGAGAAACUAUACAACAGGUUUCCACAAUCAGCACUAUAUGAGUUUCCAAAUCAAAUCUCACUCUUUGCAAUACUAAACACGCAUGCACUUGAUACGGUUACUGUUUCCAUUCGC